GCCAUGGAACCGAUAAAAACCCUAGAUGCGGCUCCUCGAUGCCCUUCCCACCAAAUCGCCUCCUCCUCCUCCUUCGACGACGACGACGCUCUCGCCUCCUCCUCCCUCUUCAUCCCCAGAAACCCUCGUUCUCCUCUUCUUCUUCUUCCUCUUCGGCGGCGGCGGCGGCGGAGGAGGAGGAUCUCUUGGGAGGCACCGAUCACUCGGGAGAAGCACCAACCCUAGCGAAACUUGGGUUUGAGCCGCCUUUUCCGACCGAUUUCGCCCCGAAUCAUGGGGGUCUUGUCGAAGAGGACCCUAGGGUUUUGCGGUUGGGGGUUUGUCACGCGCUGGCGCGGGAGGGGAGGUUGAAGGAGGUGAGGAGGAUUUUGAGGCAAAUUACUGAUGAGGAAGGGUCUGGUUCUGCGCCAUUCAUUUGUCAGAUGUUGUUGUAUAAAUUCCGAGAGUGGGAUUCUAACACUAUUGUAUGGGACAUGCUGGCAAAUGCUUAUGCCACAUCCAAAAUGAUUCUUGAUGCUCUCUAUGUCCUUAGCAAGAUGGAUAGCCUAACCAUGCAAGCUUCAAUAUCCACUUAUGAUAGCUUGUUGUACAGUGUAAGAUGUACAGACAUAGCCUGGGAGCUUUUCCAAGAAGCCAAAGCUCAUGGUCUUGUUCAUAGUGAAUACACUUGUAACAUUGUUAUUGACGGUCUUUGCAAGCAACACAAAUUGGUGGAAGCCAUAGACUUUUUCCAACAGGCAAGAGAAAGGAAAGAGUUCCGACCGUGCAUUAUGACUUUUAAUGCCCUCAUGUCUGCAUUGUGUAAUGUCGGCUUUGUACAGGUAGCAAAAUCGUUCAUACCAAUAAUGCUUAAAUACGGGUUGCUUCCUGAUAGAUAUAGUUACUCUACGCUUAUACAUGGGCUAUGUAUAGUUGGUUCUAUGGAGGAAGCCUUGGAGCUCUCUGAGGAGAUGCAGAAGAGUGGGAUGGAACUCGACAUGAUCACAUUCAACAGUCUCAUCAAUGGAUACCGUUUACUAGGUCUGAUGAGCGAGGUUUGGAAAUUAAUUCAAAUGAUGAUUCAACAAGGGCUACAACCAGACCUUGUAACAUACACUAUACUAAUUACUGGACUUUGUGAAAAGGGGAAUGUUGAGGAAGGGUUAAGGAUGAGGAUGGAGAUACUUUCCCGAGGGUUUGAAUUAAAUAUUGUGACAUAUAGCGUGCUUUUAAAUGCUCUUUGCAAAAGGGGGUUGGUUCAUGAAGUGGAGAAGUUGCUUAAUGAGAUCGAAACCAUUGGUUUGGAUAUGGACAUAGUUGCAUAUUCCACCCUUGUUAGUGGGUAUUGCAAGUUGGGAGAAAUAGAGAGGGCACUUCAAGUAUGCAAGAUUAUGUGCUCGAAAAGAGUAAUGCCAAAUCUAUUCACUCAUCGGUCAAUUCUUUCUGGCCUUUGUAAGAAAGGAAUGUUGGUGGAAGCUAGAUGGUACUUAGAAAACUUGGCUAACAAAUGUCAAGUAAACGAUAUUACAUUAUAUAACGUAGUGAUAGAUGGAUAUGCCAAAGUUGGUGAUGUCAAUAAUGCUGUUCGACUUUACGAGCAAGCUAUUAAAUUAGGGUUGGAGCCGACCAUUGUCACUUGUAACUCACUCAUUUAUGCAUUUUGCAAAGUUGGAAAUUUAACAAUGGCGGAGAGCUUCUUUAAGACUUUUGAGUUGAAAAGGUUGGUUCCAACUGUAGUGACGUACACCAUUCUUAUGGAUGCUUUCUGUGAAGCUGGGAACUUUGAUUCGAUGCUGAAGCUGUUUGAUGAAAUGGUUGGUAAAUCGAUCGUGCCAAAUGCAAUCACCUACAGCGUGGUUAUAAAGGGACUUUGUAAGCACGGCAUGUUUCAGAAGGCUAUUCAUGUUCUCCACGAUAUGCAUAUAAAAGAUGUAACUACUGAUCAAAUAACCUACAAUACACUUAUACAAGGGUUCUGUGAAGUAAGUAACACGGAAAUGGCGUUUCGCAUUCAUGACAAUAUGCUACAACAUGGCGUGGUGCCGAGCCCGGUUACUUAUAAUUUGCUUAUUAAUGUCCUUUGCUUGAAAGGAAGAGUUAAGCAUGCUGAAAUGCUUUUGAAUUCUCUUGUUGAAAAAGGUGUUGACUUGAGAAAAUUUGCCUACAUGACAAUAAUCAAAGCACAAUGUGCAAAGGGAAUGCCAUAUAAAGCUAUUCUGCUAUUUGAUAGACUGAUAAAUGCUGGGUUCAAGGUCUCAAUUAAGGAUUUUAGCUCAGCAAUCAACCGACUAUGCAAAGUAUAUUAUCUAGAUGAAGCAAAAAUGUUAUUCAAGAUGAUGAUAUGUUUUGGCAUACGUCCAGAUCAGAAGUUAGCCGCUGUGAUGUGCAAUGCUUUAAACAAGAAAAAUGAUUUCUGCUCGCUAUAUGUAUUGCAAGCUUUGAUUGUUAAAGGUGGUUUAUUGCCUUGGGUACUAACAAAGGACCCUGGUUAAAUCAAACAUUCGGCAUCUACUAGCUCAUGGACAUUAUUUCAGGUAUUACCUAACAACUCUUUUCCCUAUUAGCAGUGAAAUAAGCAGUACAAAACUAGUGGCUCAAUUGAUUUUGCAUUUAUUGUUAAGUGAAAAUGGUCUUUCUUAGUGAUAAUGUAGAUUUUAUUGUCAUUUAGUGCAUUAAUUCCGUAAUUUCUCAUAAGACAGUUGCAGUGAAAUAAGCACUAUGAUGCUAUUUUUCAUUGCAAUUUGUUAUUCUGUUUAAGGAUUUAUCUCAUUUGAGGCAACAUUAAAUGUUGCAGAUCCUCUAAACGCCGUUAAUAUAUCAAUUUCCUGUUUCACCACCUAAAUCCUUUAGUCAUGAUAUUGUGAUAAUAAAACUCCCAUUGCCUUUUAAGUUUCAACCUUGAUGUUGGGUGCAUAUAUCUCACAUACAUAUGUAGGUUGCAACCUCUGGCUUUCAGGCGUACAAUAUAUAUAACAUCCCUGUAGCUAUAGAGUAUGAAUUUGUCAAUUUAGUUGUAAUUGAAUCAUCGGAAUUUCUCUUUUUGCUGCUCUAGAUUGACAAGUCAGUGAUAUUAGUUGUUUGACUGAAUACAUUUGAUAGCUAAAAGCAGAAUCAACGGCCACAAUCAUUCUGUAACCAGCAGUAUGUUUCUUUGAUUUUUUUUUUUUUUUUUUUUUUUUUUUUUUUUUUUUUUUUUUUUUUUUUUUUUUCUGAGUUUGCAAUGUAUCUUAUGGAGAUAAUACUGGUUAUCUCUGCAAACUUUGGUGACUGCAUGCUCGUCCGUCCAAAUUUCUGAGUAACACACAAAUUCUUGCAAAACCUUGAAACCUUGUAAAUAUGUUACUGAGACGGUGAAACUAGUCUAAAUGACCAUUAUACCCUCUCUCGCUCUCCUGGCGAGUCUGAAUCACUACACCAUCACUGCCAACAGUAAAUUGCACCACCACCUACAGCUGCUGAAUUGCACUGCUGUUACCACUGCCAAUCACGCAGCUGUUGCCAUUAUUUGACAUCAAUGGCCAUUUGGAUGAGAAAUGGAGAAUUGGGGACCUUUGACCACUCAAACGAUGUAUUUGCAAGGUUUUAAGGUUUCAUGGGAAAAUACUGGUUAUUUGAAGUUUGCCAGGAUAUAUCAAUUUGUUCUCGAAGUUAGCCGGGAUAUGCCAUUAUUUUAUGGCAAGUUUUAUUACACAUUUUCCGAUUUCAGGAGCCUAGAUACAGUGAUGUUUAGCAAAGAGCGUGCUUGUGAAGGGCCAAAGAAUUCUUAGCCAAAUAUCUUGAUGAUAAACUGUUUAUCUUCUCUGAAAGUAAUGAGUAGCACAAAGUGGAUGCCAUGAAAUUUGGAUUCCUCAGCAGCUAUGAUUGUCGAACAGUACAACUUGAAAAGUUCUGGGAAGACUCGCAAUCCAAGGCUGAUCAUGAACAUUCUGGAAGGUGGUUGAUGGCCGAUAUUAAAGAGUGAUUGUAAGGCUGAUUACCUGGUUCUUGGUUUCGCAACUUCUUCAGAGGAAUUGAUCCUCCUCUGUUCCCCUACUGCUACAUGCUUGUGGUGUCUCUGAUGCUUAUGCUUAUUCUCAAGUUAUUUGAUUAUUGCACACCCGUUGCUCGAGGCUAGGGGCUCGGCAACCUUGGUCCUAUUUAUGGAUCUUUUCUCUCAUUGGUUACAAUAAUGCAAGCAUCAGCGUGGACAACCUGCAGGUAAAUAUGGACAUUGCAUUCUUCGCAAUGGUAAAAAUUUCUGCGAGAAAUAAAAUGAGAAAAAGUUACUAGCCAAAGGAGAGAAAAAGGAGAGAAAAGCAAAGGUAAAGUCGGCGCAGUUUCUAAAUUUUGACACUCUUUUUUUAUCAUAUUAAACACAUCAUUUGAUUACUAAUUCAUCUGAGUGAAAAGUUGAUUUCUCUA